GCAUCAACAUUAUAAAAUAACGUUGAGUGAGUUGAUCAGCUUUAACGAGCACUGCUUGUGAACACAACUGAUGUUGCACAAAUAUCCAAAUGAAGGAACACAUACAUACAAUGAUGGAAUCAAAUAUAAUAAUCAAGUGGUAAUCUGUGACGAUUCCACGUUAUCUGGAAUGGUUGAUCCAGUACGCACUCGAUUAAUAUUGAAAGUGUUUUUAACCAAUAUCCUUCAAGUGUUUCUAUCAAUGUUGAUGACAGCAUUAGUGUUCGCAAUUGAUGAAAUCUUUGAAUAUCUUUUUCAACAUAACUGGGUUGCUUCGGUUUUAAUUUUUAUUUCGAUUGGUGCAACCAUUGCAAUUUUCUUUAUUCAGAGAUUUACACAUUUGAAAUACCUCACGGAUUUCCUUUACGUACUACUCAGCUUCAGCUUCGCUGGUGUGAUAACUUUUCUUUCAAUCAACGUGGAAGGAAUGUUCAUAUUUAUCAGUUGGAUUUUGUCCAUUAUUCUAUCAGUGUUAUUGUUUAUGGUUGGAAUAAACAUUAAACGUGAUUUGGUCAGAUACUUUUGGUUGUUUUUGAUUUAUGUCAUUAUUGUCAUUAUUGUCAUUUUUGGUCUGGUGAUCCCAUGGAUCUAUAGUAUUACUGUGUAUAUUGUAUGAUGAUUUAGAUUUUAAUACACAUUCUAAACCAAUGUUACAUAUGCAAUGGUAUUUUUAAUAUGCUUCGAAUUCACGUUAAACGCCAACACAUUCACUCUUAUACAUGAUCUACUAUGUGAUCAACAGAGUGGCUGCGAUAAACCCCAUGUUAUUUGGUUUGAUCAAUUACUGAAGUCGAUUGUCAUUCAUUUGCAUAUGAUACAGUGCCCAGCAUUUCUUGUGUAUCAGUUAUGUUUAGAUAAUAUUUAAAUUGUAGUGUUUAUUCAAUAUAAAUGUGACAAUGAAAUUAUUGAAUUCAAGAUAGGAGAUAGGAACAUUCAUUUCAAUAUUAUUUAUUCAUAGAUACGUUUCUGCGUGGGAAAUACGCUUCUUUGCAAGAGAGUAACAGAAUAAUAUUCAUAAUUUGAUUACUAAAUUCAAUGUGUAUGAACGAUUGUCAAAGUUAAUAUGGAUGUCAAUUUUUCAACAUUUUAUUCACUGGUUAAUGUCAAUGAAAAAAUGAGUUUCAGCCACCAGGGUUAAAAUUAAAGUGCUUCACCUAAAAACUACAUAUUUGAUGAAAAAUUCCCAUUAUAUUAAAAACACAAUUGUAUGAACGAAGAAUAUUCUUUUCAAUGAACUUCUCAUCAGGUUCUACAAUUAUAAAUCCAGAUUAAUAAUCCAUAAAAUUGGCCAGAUUUAAGGCAAAAUACAUCAUCAUUUGGAAAUUGUAAUAUAUGAAUCAGGAAUUGUUUGUUAUAUAAAGUAAAAUCGUUAAUGUUGGGGCUGACUAAUAUGAAGUGUUAACUUGAAACGGUUUAUAAGCGAAAUGAAAUUGUGAGAUAAAUAAUGAUCAGAAUAAAUAUGGUCAACAUGGGGUAAGAGAGAGAGAGAGAGAGAGAGAGAGAGAGAGAGAGAGAGAAUACUGUGAUUACAAAUCGGAAAUUGCGUAAUAUGUAAAAUAAUCAGGUCAAAUAUAGUAGGUUCAGGGGUGGAUAUUAAAUAAAUUCCUCAAAAAGGGUUAAUCAAGUGUAAAGACAAUAAUAGUAAUAAUAAUAAUAAUAAGUUUGGGACAUAAAAUGAACAUUAGUCAGAUUAUGUCACCACAUUAUAAGAUUGAUUAUUAGCUAGUUGGCCAGGGUAAAAGGAGAGGCUGAACAUACUUCUUUUGGAUACAAAGCUCUGGCUUUUUGAUCCGAAUAGCAAUUGCUUCAGUCGUCUGUAGGAUUCGCAGUCUGACGGAAUUAGGCAGACUGCUGUUGACACGAUAAACUAUUGCAAAAGAUUGCUCCAUGUUGGCUGUAUGUCCUGUUUGGACUAAAUGGUCUAAGACGGAGCUGUUAACAGUUUUGACAACACCUUUGCUUAACCACACGGGUAGGUGCUCACGAGCCCGAAUGUACAAAUUCCUAGAACAUCUGCCAAUAUAACUUGCUCCACAGGAGCAGUUGAAUUGAUAGAUACAGAAGGAGGUGGCUAGUCUAGGUAAUUUAUCUUUCAACCUCGGAGUGAUUAUUGGUUGUGUGGAGAAUACUAGUUGUAGUUUAGCUGCGUUGAAAGUCCUUUGAAUUGAUCUACCUAACUUAAGUCUUAACAUUUCACUCGGCGCGUCUCCUCUGAAUUGUAAGCGUAUAUAUAGAGGCUUUCUAUUUACUGUUGGACAUUCUCUACGCUGUCUUUUAUUGGCUAAGUUUUUAUUUAUAAAUUUCUCUGGAUAUCCAUUUUCUUUCAGGGUUGUAAACAAUGUCUUUGUUUCAUCUUCAAUCGUAUCUAUAGUGCAUAUAGUCUUGAUUCUAUGAUGUAGUGUCUUGAUAAGGUUCCUUUUUUUGUUGUAGAGGAACGAAACUGAAAAAGUUAGUACAUUGACCCGUCCAGGUCAUUUUCCUGUUUAUGCUUCUUUUUAGCGAUCCAUCUUUUCUCCUUGUAAGCAGAACAUCUAGGAAGGCUAUUUUACCCCCAUUUUCUUUCUCACAUGUGAAUUUUAUGGACGGGUGAGCUGUAUUGAAUUGCUCGAGUGUUCUUAUCAAGUCCGUACGCUCGUUACAAAUGAUAAAUGUAUCAUCCAUAUAUCGACAGUACAAUGGAAACUUAUCGAUCUCUUGUGCCCGUGGGCCGUUUUCUGGUUUAGAAAGGAAAAUGUCUGUCAAUAUGGGACCCAGGGGUGAACCCAUCGCGACGCCAUCUAUUUGUCUGUAGAUUUCCCCAGUGAAUUUGAAAUGUACAUUCAUAGUGCAUUUUAGUAAUAAUUCUUUGAUGAUCUCUACAGGGAUUGUCGUUUCUAGUUCCUGUUCUCUAAGUUGUUCACAAAUAUAUUCUAUAGUUUCUCUGAGUGGAACAUUUGUGAACAGUGAUGCUACGUCAAAAGAAAUCAUCGUCUGAUCUUUCGUGUUUAUGUUUUUAAUUCUGUCAACGAAUUGGAAUACGUCCUUAAUACUAUGUUUUACUAGGCGAUUAUGAAGUGGUUUCAAAACAGUUACUAGCCAGUUUGCUACAGUAUGAUAUGGGGAAUCAUACAUGUCCGAAAUUGGCCUUAAUGGGAUAUCCGGUUUAUGUAUCUUUGGCAGUCCGUAUAACCUAGGUAAAUGUGUACCUAUUGGCUUAAUUGUUUCGUAUACAUCUUUUGCAAUCAUUUGUUGAUCUCUGAGCUUUUUUAAGGUUCGGGUCAGUUCAUUCUCUAUCUUAUUAUUGACAUCUUUUUGGUUAUUCAGUUUCUGAAAUUUUUGAGGAUCAUUCAAGAUAUUAUUCAUCUUGUCAAUGUAAUCUUUUUUGUUAAGUAGGACGGUUCCUGUUCCUUUAUCGGGUUUUGUGAUGAUCAGGUUCUCGUCACUAAUGAGAUCCAUGAUAGCCUCCCUGUGUUUCUUAGUUAAAAUACUUCUGUAGUUAUACCUACUAUUCUUAAACUGAUAGCAACAGUCAACUAGGUUUGAUUUGAAACGUUCAAGUUCCUAGUCAAAGGUUGGGACCAGAUCUGAUGUCUGACGAUUUAGGUUUUCAAAUUCGAUGUCCGUAUCGAUUUGAUUUACGCGGUUUCGUGUAUCACGGAAUUUUAGGCCAAGUGCUAAUACUUUAAGUUUUUCUUUAUUUAAUUCAGUACCGGAAACAAGGUUUAAAAUAAAUCAAAUAUGAAAUCAGUUUCGUUGGCUCUCGCAUUCACAUUAGUUACCAUAUAGCACUGCGCUCAGUCUCACUUUUCAUUCAGAUUUUUCAUUUGUGAUCACUCAUAUUUUCAAUUUUCUUCCUAUCUCUCUCACUAAUACAACGUGUACAAGAUUGAUUGAAUUAAGUGUCACAAAAAUUAACUUGAUGUCACAUGUGAUUGAGUGGUGGAUUGAAGGAAACGGACAGAUGAAUAGAUGAUAUUCCCAAUGGUAAAUAAUUUAACUUUGCAUUUCAGGUGACGUAUGCAGUCGGUCUCCUCGUUUUAGCCAUUGUAAUUCCGGUGAGUGAAUAGUAGUUUGAAUGAAAUUCAUUCAUCGAAUAGGUUAAGAUUAAACCAUAUCACUUCAGUGAACUAUUCACACAACAAUGUGUUAUGUGUCAUUAUACAUUGUGAAUCUGUUUCACUGAACAAUGUGCCAUAAUUAUUUCUAUAGGAAAUUUCAACAGACGUUUGUAGAUGUAGAUGUUCAGAUAGUGGAAUUAAUCAUUGACUGUUGCGUAUUCGUUAGGUAGACUCAGGAAUUUAGAAACCUGCUAUUUCCGUUUUAUGGUUAAGUAACAUACUAACUAAUAUUGCACUUCUUCAACAAAUCUGUUGUAAAUGAGGUGAAUUGACAAAUACUACUGUAGGAAGUGUAGGAAGAGAUAUUCAGAUAGUGAUUACAUCAUCACUUUAACACUCAUCAAAUUAUGUAAUGAUAUUAUUUCACUUGCAAAUAAGUCAGUCAGUUAGUGAAUUAUAAUUGAGAAUCAUUUGAUAUUAGAUAAACAACUAAUCAGCAUUGAAUGUUGUGAAUUUCAAUUUGUACAUUGUUAUUGUGAUUUUAGGCUAGUUUAAUUGAAGCUCAAAUAUUUUGUGGAGGAAGAGCAAUAUACUACAGAGCUGAAGAUUUCAUAUUUGCAUCAAUGGUUCAUUUGUUCUUACUGACUUUCUCAUAUUCUGGAUUUAUUUUACUGUUUCUCAACAUUAAAUUAUCCUAGAUGGUGUUUCCCCUUGUAAUUGUGUACCUUUGAUGAUGCAGUAAAACAAGAAUGAUGAAUAUGAGAAUUUCUGUGUUUGUUCACUUGUCUUCAUUUCUAUUUAUUGUACGUGAUUGAGCAGAAUCGGAUUUGAAAAUAUUGAGUUUUAAGUGAACUAAUCAUUGUGAGUUUGUGUUGUCAUCAAGUGGGAAAGGGAUUUUGUGUAAAUCAUCCAAUUUGUAGUUUGUACUAUACCAUUGAUUUUGUGUAGAUAGUGAUUGAGAGUGUGGAUGUAAUAUAGUAGUAUGCUGUUGAUUAUGUUAUUAAAUUGUUUGAAAGAAAUCGAAUAUAUUGUGAAUUGCAAAUGUCUUUACUGUUACAUGGUGUUCGUUCAUUCCAUCAAUCUGAACGUUAGUUGUACUGAGAAGAAAGUUAACAAAGUCAUCCAUUUGGACAAAAUUCUACUUUAUCGUGAUUUAUCCAGUUUGUUGAAUAUGAAGUAGAGAAAUUGUAAAUUGGGGUUUACGGUAUGUUUGAAUAGAAAAUCGAGUUAAUCGUAAACACAUAAACAAGGAUUGAUAAUAGUUUAUUUUAUGUAUAUGGGUGGAUGUAUCAUUGUUAGUCGUGGUGUGGAAGAAGUAGAUCCAUGUGGAUAUCUCUCUGUUAAUUCACAAUAUUUGUUACUGAUGUCUGAUAACAAAGUUACACGUCUUGUGAAACAAUCGUAAAAUCCAGGUGCAUAAUACAAAUUCAUCUACCUCACCAUGGUAUUUAUGUGUUCCAUUAUAUAUAAGAUUUUAUAUAGCAACUGUAAAGUUUAUUAAUAAGAGUCAGUCAACAAGCACUAGUUUGAUUUUUUUAAAAAUGACCUAUAAAUCAUCGAAACUACUGACAAAGUCAAUUGGUUUUAGUAGACGUGGAUGUAAUUCGAAUUGUUUGUCCGUAACAAAUUACCGUUUCCUCUUAUAUGUUCAGAUUGUCAUUGAAUAGUCAAAUUUCAUUUGUAAUCAACUUCAUUUUCUCAAAGUAAAGUUGUGUGAAGUGAAUGUGUUGCUGGUUAAAGCGUUGUCAAACUCCGAAUAUCUGUGGCAUAUUCAUUAGUGAGGCUAACGUAAUCUGGUACGUCAAAUUGCAAAUUGUGAGUCUGUUCCUUUUUAAGAUUUCAUAUAUCAUUGCCUUAUUUUAAUUUUUUAUACAUUGUGAUACUUUUUUCCGUGUUUUUUGAUAUACAAAUAUUUUUCACUCGUUCAUUCUCGAAUUUGAUAUUUCACCAUGACUGAACAGACACUCAAGGUACUUAAUCUAAAGACUAUGUCCCCAUCUUCGUUCCAAUUAAUGCCCUUUCUGGCCAGACAACAUCGAGGCCUGGUUCUGCUACGCAGAAGCCGACUUCUACGGGCACGACGUGAACGACACACGUGCACAAUUCCUCGCAGUAGUCAAGGCACUACCGCGCGAAUUCAACACGUGACUUCCUUGAACGAUUUCCAAGGAAUCGACCUCCUUAAACUCGCCCAGCUUCAAAAAGAAGACACUGUUCCUCAGCACGAGCUAUCGUCAACAAUCCUUAAACUGCGCAUCAAACAGAUGAGAACAAGUAAGGAGACUUUACUUUGUCACACAUCUACAGGUUGGGAUCGCCCAAUCGUUCCGAAACAUUAUCGACGCAACGUCUUCAAUACGUUAAACAAACUUUCUCAUCCAGGUGUUCGUGCAACCAUCGAGCUUAUAGCAGAACGGUUUUGCUGGCCUUGUAUGAAUAAAGACGUGAGGGAGUGGGCACGCUCCUGUGGAAACUGCCAAAAAUCUAAUGUUAUUAGACACAACAAAUGUCCCUUAGACUCUUUCAGAACUCCGGACGCUCGUUUCGACCAUGUUCAUCUGGAUUUAGUAGGACGUUUGCCGGAUUCAAAUGGAUACUCUUAUCUCUUAACCUGCGUAGACCGUUUCACUCGAUGGCCAGAAGCAGUACAUAUCAAAGACAUCAUUGUUGAAACAGUGGUCCGCGCCUUCGUCGAACGAUGGGCAGCAAACUUCGGCUGCCUUUCAACCAUCACUACAGAUCGCGGACGCCAGUUCGAAUCUGAACUUUUCCAUUGUCUGACCACACUAUUAGGAAUCACUCGCUUCCAAACGACCACCUACCAUGCACAAGCAAACGGGUUAGUAGAACGCUUUCAUCGACAACUAAAAGCUUCACUAUCAGCUGCAAACAAUUCACAGUGGACUGACGCUGUUCGACUCGUCUUACUAAGUAUUCGCAAUGCAGUGAAAGCUGACAUUGAAUACACUUCAGCUCAACUGGUUUAUGGAACGACACUUCGACUUCCAGGAGAAUUCGUGGGUCCUUCAUCCUCUUCAAUGUACAUGCAUCUAACCACCUACACGAACAGGCUUACAAACGCAAUGCGUUCAGUUAAACAUGUUUCCACUCGACCACAAUCAAUUGAUGUUUUCUUUCAACCUGACUUACGAUAUUGUACACACGUCUUCGUUCGUCGAGACUCACAUCGACACCCUCUCGAACCAGCAUACGAAGGACCCUUCAAAGUUGUUCAACGCGAACCCAAGCACUAUAUAAUCGGUAAGAACGGAAACAACGAUAGCAUCAGCAUCGAUCGCCUCAGAGCAGUGUAUUUAGAGGGACAUCCUAUUCACGUCGAGUUUCCUUCGGUACAAUAGCACGACACGACUCCCACACUUAUAAUACCUCAUCCGACAGCUAACACAUACGAUGAUACUUCGACAGUAUCAGAAAAUUAACUUAAAACAACGCUUCCUGGAAGAAGAGUGAGAUUUCCAGAACAUUUAAAUGACUACUGCACGUAAGACACCAAUUAACAUUUUGCUUCAUCUCGAUUUUCCAUGGUAUUAUAUGUAAUAUAAAAAAAUCAAUUUUUAUAUGUUUAUAUUUAUAUAUAUUUAUUAUCUUGCUAAUAUCCAUAUUAAAACAUGUUAUAAAAAAAACAAAAGAAAAAACAUUUUUUAAAAGUCGCUUUUACGCUGUCAUAUGUACAUGAGUUUAUUUCCGUUUUUCUCUCACAUUGUGUUUUUACGCGCAUACGAGUGUAUUUCGACAUGCACUAACAUAUUCGUUUUUUUCUUUUCCAGGAUGGCUGGAAAAGACGAUAAAAAGAACGAUGAAGUUUACGAGGAACCGAAAUUUUCCCGCUGAAGCCAUGUUUAGAAGCCGUAUUUGGACCGUUUUCAACGCCAUGUUAUCAUCAAAAUUAGUGAAAGGGCACGGUCACAAUCCAAAUAUCCGAAGCUUCAAUGUCGUUGACGAGGUUUUCAUUAAAUCCUACCUCGGAAAGAACCGAUGGGAACCCACAAAAUUUGUACGAAAACGGGGAAAAGUCUUUUGCGGUGUUCGAGGAACCUUUGGAACAUGUAUACGACACACAAAUCAAAUUCACAACGAUAAAAGAACGAUGCGCACUCAGAAUAACCAGCCGAAUCUUUCGUUAGAGUUAAUCUCAGACACAUCAACGUGACGUACGCCCAAGGACACUGAAAAGAAGUUCCAUACAAGGAAGACAACAAGAAUAAUGAGACGCGUCCGCAAACCAGUUGUCAAGUAGCAAGUGGAUCUUAGGAAGAAAUCUUAUUUGGAGGAGGUGUUGAGUCGACUUCCGCGAACUACAACAAAGCCUCCAGAGGCUCUAAAGGAGCCGAACAGUUCCAGUCGAUCAGAACAUGAUGGAGCGUUCUAGAAUAUCAACGUGGUAUGCUACUAUUGAUCACUAGCAUAAUAUGUCUCCUACCGGAUUGGCCAAAAUAUAAUGUUGAUUUAACAAAUGCUAAUAUCUAUAAAUACAUUUGGAGUAAAGUGCUUCUCGCACAUUUUGCGCCUUCUCUCUCGUGUUCAGGUCGCUGUGUGGUUCUAGUCUGGGGAUUGGGAGAAUAGCUGAGGAACCGAAAUAUAGCGUUCAAGUAGCGAGACUUAUGAAAAAACAAGAUAAUUCCUUAUAAAUUUUGUUAUUUCUUAGAUUGUGGAAAUGUGUGGCUCGUCACACGAUUUAAU